AUGACGGCAAGGACCUCCACUAUCAGCCCAGGUCAAAGUUGGAACGGAAAUGACCCCGCCAUUGUCGAGAACGAGGACAAAAAGGCCAUCGCAAUCCCAGCCGGUCAAUGUUUGAAGAGAUACGACCCACACAUCGUCCUUAACGGCUACCAACACCAUGCUGAUUAUGGGCUCGACAUUAAGGUCCCAAUCGACAGCUCAGUCUUCCCGGGUAUAACCCUCGCACUUGGUUGCAGCCAGAACGACCCAGUUACCGGUGAGAAUGACGAGCAGUAA